AUUUCCGGAAGUGACACAGUGAGGGCGGAAGCUGGGAUUUUUGCCCUUGAAGCACAUGCUUUUGUAGAGAGAGAUGGCAGAAGAGCAGCAGACCCGAUUGCAAAAUGCAGUGGACUCCAUGGUUAAAAACCUGGAGAGAGAAAAUAUCCGGAAAAUGCAGGGCAGAAUGUUUCGAUGCAGUGCACAGUGCUGUGAAAAUGAAGGAGCUUCCAUGCAACAGGUCCACCACUGCAUCGAGCGCUGCCAUGCUCCAUUGGCACAGGCACAGAGUCUGGUUACCAGCGAGCUGGAGAGGUUUCAGGACCGCCUUGCUCGCUGUACCAUGCACUGCAAUGACAAAGCCAAAGACUCCUUUGACUCUGGUUUGAAAGAGGCCCAAGUCAAGUCUCAGCUGGAGAGCUGUGUUAUAAAGUGUGCCGAAGAGCACAUGAGUCUCAUCCCGAGCUUAACAAGGAAGCUAAAGGAUGCACUAGCUGAAGUUGACAAGAAGACCCAAUAGGAAUCUGCAGGAGAUACUACAAUGUGAGACUGUCCAUCCUAUUAUGUGCUGAAGAGAAUCUUUUGGGGCAAUGCUGCAAGCACUGCUACAGCUGAAUAGUCCUGUUCCAGUUAUUAGGACUGACACCUUCCAUAAUGUUGGGGUUCAGCUGGACUGGUUAUUGAGGUAUAGAGAAGCUCUUUUCUAUGAAGUCUUAUAAAAUGCAUCAAACCCAUAUUAACAGUCAGCAAUGACAUUUCAAUUGAUAUCUUUUUUUUUCUUUAAUUUAUUAGUAUUUUUAAUUGAAUUUUUUUUCUCUACAUGAUUCACUUUUGGUUCUGCUAUGCUGAGCGGUGGUUACUAUCUUUUCCGCAGGACAUCUCUGGAAUUAUCUUAUGUGCCGUUGUUCGGUGUGGAAAUCCUAAUGGAAGCUGUCAUUUUAGCGUGUUAUGUACACAGAGUCCCAUCUGUGAGUGUUUAACCCCUUAAGGACACAUGACAUGUGUGACAUGUCAUGAUUCCCUUUUAUUCCAGAAGUUUGGUCCUUAAGGGGUUAAGGUACUUUUUUAGAAUAUGAUUGAGAUCUAGCAUCUGUAAAAUUCUGGCUACCACAGCUAAAAGUAACCAUAAGGGAAACACUAUGGCCUCAAUUUAAUAAACUUUCCAAAUUAUUCAAUACUAUUAUAAAAACGUUCUAAACGAUUUAUCUAUAAAUUACCAUAAAAUCUAUUUUUAUAGAUAAUCUAAUCUAAUCCGUUUUUAUAACAGUACUGAAUCCUUUGAGCUAAUUAAAUCAAGGUGUAUAUUUGAAUACAUAUAUAGGUCUUGUAUUGUAGUUCAGCUUGGUGCAUUUGGUAUUUAUCUCACAAUCAACCCUUUUUUUUUUUUUUUUUUUUUUACCUCUUCUACCUCCGUAUUAACUAUCAUCAAUAUCUGUCCAGAACCGGUGCUGUGUCCUUGUACGUUCAUUGUUUAAGACUUAAACACAUGAUUAUGAAAAGACUGUUCAUAUAAUAUGUAAUACAUUUCAGUGUAGGUCGAAGGUUGAAAACUGUGAUUAAUGAUUUGUUUCAGGAUUUGAAAAU